AUGACGAAGAAAUCAGGCACCGCACCUCACUUGCGACUCCCCUCGUUCGACGCGUUCGCUUCGUCGCUCGAUGCGAUGACGGUGGAGGCGUUGGGGGACGACGCGUACUACGCCUCCUGGUUCGAUGACUCCGACGACGCAGAGAACGACGACGACUACGUGACGAACGCAGACGACGCGGACGACGCGGACGACGGAUUUCCAGAUCUCGGCCUGCGCGAGGGACUCCCUUCGGAAACGUGUAGCGCGUCCAGGAACUCCGUGUACGUCGUGUACGAACCGGGAGACGACAUCAAGGGGAGAAGAGAGUUAAUCAACCGAGCGUGCGGAGUGUUAGGGACGAGCGAGCGAGACUCAGAGGCUUUACUUCAUUUUCACGCGUGGAACUUGGAGGACGCUGUUACAAGUUGGUUUGAAAACGAAAGAAAGGCGCGCGAGGCGUGCGGACUGAGCGAUCCGGAUGCACAGACGAGCGAGGGAGGGAUGGCAACGACGACAUGCAACAUAUGCUUCGAUGACUUCGAGCCGAGCGAGCUGGUCACCGCGGGGUGUUCACACGCCUUUUGCACGGGUUGCUGGGCAGGAUACAUCGCUAGCAAAAUUGGAGAGGGGCUGAGCGUCGUUGACACGAGGUGUCCGAUGACGAAGUGCCCGAUCAAAGUUGGCGAGGCGAUGAUGCGUCGAUUUCUCAACGAAGACGAUGCAAAAAAGUUCGAUGUCUACUUGGGGAGAUCCUUUGUUGAGAGCAACGUGAAGAUUCAGCCGUGCACGGGCAUCGACUGCGAGCGCUCGAUCGUUUUCGAAAACCUGCCCACGAAUCCGGUGGCGGUGAAUUGUACGUGUGGCAAAGUGUUCUGUUUCUCGUGCGGUGGCGAUACGCAUCAUCCAAUACCGUGCAAAGUUGCGAGCGAAUGGACAAAGAAAAUUACGUUGGAUGGCGCCAACUCAGAGUGGAUGCUUGUGAACACCAAACCUUGUCCGAAGUGCCAGCGACCGAUCUUGAAGAACGGCGGGUGCAUGCACAUGCAAUGCUCUCAGUGUCAUACCUCUUUUUGCUGGCUUUGUAGUUCACCGUGGGAUGCGGGACCAUACGCGUGUUCCAAGCGCUGCAACCAAUACAAAAGGACAGAAUCAAACAGCAACGAGAAUAGGAAAAAACGAGCAAGGGAGUCCCUGGAGCGAUACGUGUUUUACUAUGAGCGUUAUAGGGCGCACGAAAACUCGGGUAAAAAGGCGCUGGAGGACGUGGACAAAUUCAAGUCAUCCGCGCUCGGCUUUUUGAUCGAGUUGCAGCGCACCAGCGAAACGCAGGUUGGUUUUGUGAUGAAAGCGCUGAAGCAAGUGUCAAGCUCCCGUCAAAUUUUAAAAUGGACGUACGCAUACGCCUAUUUCGAGUUGGCAGACGAUGUGCGAAAGAAAAAUUUCUUCGAGCACGUUCAAGGCGAGAUGGAGCGCGCGCUCGAGUUGAUCUCAAGAAUGAUAGAAUUAGACAUCAAGGCAUUUUUGCCGCCGGAUCCCGACACGGAAGACGACGAAAAAGUGGCUCUGGAAAAAGCUAUGGCGUACCGAUAUCCACCCGAAGAGCAAGACAAGCUUGAAAAAGCCUUCGAACAAUACAAGACUCUUCUGAUCGAUCGCACUGCCGUUCUCCGCAAGUCGUGCGAUACGUUAUGCAUAGAGUUGGAGAACGGUUUAUUGGGCAUGUCAACGCCCAUCAAAGGAUCUCAACAGGACGCAUGA